AUGUCGAUCGACUUGCUCUGGGACAAGCUCGACGGCUCUCUCGCGUCGUCGCUCGUCGACCUGCUCAAUAGGCAGCUAGCAAACACCAGUAGGCCGUCCUUUAUCGGACCCGUUGAGGUCACGUCGUUCGACUUCGGGAGCGCGAGCCCGGACGUCACGCUUGUCGACCUGCGCGAUAUCUACCGCGACUUCCUGGAGGAUGACGACGAAGAGGCCGACCGCGAUGUCGUCGACAAGGUCACGCAGGGCCCUGCGGUCGACUCUGACGACGAGUUCGAGUGGGUGUCGCGCAAGGCGGUGAGGAAGGGUCUGGCGGACGAGGUGCCGGCGUACCACCAUCUCCCGCCGCAUGUGCGCUAUGGGCGCGGGCCGUCGAUGGACCUAUUUGCAUCUACGCCAGGCCUCUACUCGCCGACGAGGGAUAUUUGGGCGGUUGGCGGGGGCGCGAGCCCUAUGGCCAUGAGCUUCUCCGGUCUGGCGGACCUCAGGCCAGCGUUUGGCGGCAGGACACCUCUGUCUGCUGCUGGAUCCACUGCUGCCUUCAGUCCACCCCAAAGAGAUCCGCGUACGCCUCCGAAUACAGCUGCUCCCCUGCCGGAAGAAAGUGACGAGGAGCAGGAAUCGCAAGAACCGUCUGAGCAGCCACCGCCCGCCAAUCCACAUCCAAAUCUCCAGCUCCAUUUGCAUAUAACCUGGCAGUCUAAUCUGCGACUGACCCUUACCACGUCUCUCCUGAUCAACUACCCUUCUCCCAUGUUCAUGUCGCUCCCGAUCAAGCUGUCCGUCACGGGUCUGCUCUUCGACGGCGAAGUCGCGGUGGCGUACGAAGGCGAGCGCCGCCGGGUGCAUCUGUGCAUCCUCGACGACCAAGACCCGUACGGCCCCGCCUGUGACCGCUCGAAGCGCGAUUCUGUGAACAGCACGCCUCCCACGCCGGACGACGAUUCGCCCGGGAGCAUGUCCGGCCCGCGGCUGACGAAACCCCUGCCCAUCGGCCAGCGCUUGCUGCCCUCGAUUUUAAUUGAGAGCGAAAUCGGCGAAGCUGAUAAGCAUGUACUGAAGAACGUCUCCAGGGUGGAACGCUUCAUCCAAGACAUCAUCCGUAAGACGGUCGAGGAGGAACUCGUGUUCCCGAACUUUCAUACGCUGAUCAUGGGCGAGUAA